AUGCUCCGUGGAGGCAAUAAGGCCUCAGAAAGAAGAAGACACUUGAGCGACCGCCUCAGCAGGCGACAAGACGAGGCGCUGAGCAGCAGCAUCUACCUCCUAGGAGAGAUGGGCCCCACCGCCUUCCUGCUGAGGGAGGAGGAGCCGGAAAACAAGGAUUUCCGAGUUUCUCUAGGAAAUCCUCAUGUUUGUAACUGUUCCACAUUUCUGAAAGGAGGGGAACUUUGUAAGCAUAUAUGCUGGGUCUUGUUGAAAAAAUUCAAGCUUCCAAGGAAUCAUGAAUCUGCUUUGCAGUUAGGUCUUGUGGAAGGAGAAAUCAGCGACUUGCUUCGGGGCAUACAUCGAGUUCAAACUCCCCAACAAGGAAUGAACAAUGAAAGUGCACAGAUUGAAGAAGAUGGUUACAUUAAACAGAAGGAAAUUGGUUCUGACGAUAUCUGCUCUAUUUGUCAAGAAGUACUUUUAGAGAAAAAGCUCCCUGUCACCUUUUGCAGGUUUGGCUGUGGCAAUAGUAUUCAUAUAAAAUGCAUGAAGAUCUUAGCUAAUUAUCAGGAUAUGAUAUCAAACACUUCCAUGUUGAAAUGUCCUCUGUGUAGGAAAGAGUUUGCUCCAUUAAAACUUAUUUUAGAGGAAUUCAAAAACUCUAGCAAACUUGUGACUGCAGCUGAGAAAGAACGACUAGAUAAACACCUUGGAAUUCCCUGCAAUAACUGUGAACAAUUUCCUAUUGAGGGAAAGUGUUAUAAGUGUACCAGAUGUGUAGAAUAUCACUUAUGCCAGGAAUGUUUUGACAGCUGCUGCCAUCCUCCUCACUCAUUUACAUUUCGUGAGAAGAGAAAUCAAAGAUGGAGAUCACUAGAAAAAAGAUCAGAUGAAACUGUAAAAUAUACAGAUAUUAAAAAUGAGAUAGAAGAAAAGAUGCCACACUUUCAAGAAAAGCAAGGCCAACUUUACACACCAAAACAUGUGGUAAAGUCACUGCCUCUCUUACUGAUCACAAAGAGUAGUAAGCUGCUUGCUCCAGGCUACCAGUGUCGACUUUGUUUGAAGGCAUUUUGUCUUGGUCAACAUACAAGAUUGCUACCAUGUACUCACAAGUUUCAUAGGAAAUGUAUUGACAGUUGGUUAUUCCACAAGUGCAAUUCAUGCCCUAUUGACGGACAAGUUAUAUAUAACCCUUUAACCUGGAGUGAUACAGCAGUGAAUGGACAUGCACAUCAGUCUGUUCCAAACACAGGCAUCACUCAUCUGUCAAAACAGGAAGAACCAGAACUUUUUAUCCCUGGCACUGGAUUAAUCUUAAAACAAAAUAGACUUGGAAUUUUACCUAACAUACCUCAACAUAAUUCUGAAAAGUUGAAUACACCUCAAAGUCCAACAAAUACUUAUCAGAGUAUAACAAUAAAUGAUCUAUACUCUAUCAAAUUAGAUGAUUCAAAUUCAAGAAAAUCAAUCUAUGAAUAUAAAGUUAGCCAACAUUUCCCCAGCUAUCUCCAAGAUUUACCCACUGGAUCCUCUGGGAAAAUAUACUCUCAAACAUUUUUUCCUGCUAUUGGUCACAAGAAUAUUGUAUGUCCGACUAGAAUGGAAAAUUCAGGUAUCAGUAAAAAACACCACACUGAUGAAAGCCAGAAGAUCAACAAAGACUGUAAAUGUACUAACGACAAGUCAAAGAAGACUCUUGGUACUCAAAUAAGAGAGGACAACAGGAGAUCAAAUACUUUACUUCCAGAAGAUUUAAAUCUUACUGUCAAUCAGGGUACAACUAAACUUAGUUCAACUAAAAGGCAUAAUAAUUACACAGGGAAAAUUAGACCAAAAUGUGGUCAUUUAUUCAGAAGGCCUAUAUCUCACUCUUCAAAUACAAAAAGUACUGAGCUAUCUUUAAUAUUGGAAGGAGUUCAGUUAUGA